AUGAGUGAGAUAUGGGGAAGAAGACGAGAAGAAGGGAUGUGGAUAAAUCACUACUGUUCUCGCCACAGUAUACUGUUAGUAGGCGAAGGCGAUUUCUCCUUUUCUCGUGCUCUGGCUAUGGCUUUUGGUUCUGCCACCAACAUCGUCGCCACUUCGUUCGACACUCAUGACAGAUUGAUGAAGAACUACAAGAAUGCUUAUGCAAAUUUAGGAAUUCUGGAGAUAAUGGGAGCAACAUUGAUACAUGGAGUGGAUGCAACCCAAAUGAGGGCUCAUCCUCAUCUUCAGUUUCUGAGGUUCCACCGUAUUGUUUAUAACUUUCCUCAUGCUGGGUUUCAUGGGAAAGAAGAUAAUCCUGACCUCAUAGAGUUGCACAGGAGACUCGUCCAUGGAUUCCUGACAAAUGCAAGCACCAUGCUGUGCCCCGAAGGUGAAAUCCACAUCACUCACAAAACCACGACCCCAUUCAACAGCUGGAAAAUCGAGGAUCUUGCGCUUGAUUGCUCUCUGCUUUGCAUCGGCCGAGAUGAUUUCAAAAUUGAAGACUACCCAGGUUACCAGAACAAAAGAGGGUCGGGCCUCAGGCCCGACGACCCGUUCCUUCUGGGAGAGUGCUGCACGUUUAGGUUCAAACAAUUCCCGAGAAUCAGAAGGGAUUUUAGACCCGAGCACUAUGUUCCCAGCUGUUCGGACGAGUGCCAUUGGAUAUUUGGCCGCUAUCUUGACCAUGUGGAGGACACAUUUGGGAUGAAUAUGAGUAAUGAUGAAGUUUGCUUUGUUGUUCGUGAGGCGUUGAGGGUUGGGUACGAGACAUACAUGGGCCUAUUUAGCUCGGGGCAUGGAAGGCCCCUGAGGGGCUUUAUCGACAUCUUGGAGGAGCUUCACGCUAUUAGUGCUUUGAGGUCCAAGAGAUUGUUGCAGAUGCUAUCACGUCUUGACCGACAAGCUGACUUCAACGAGUGGGGUCCGUGA